UGACUGAUCCUUUUAUAUAAAGAAGGGUCCAAAACAAACCCUAGAAUUUUCCAUAUUUUCCCCCCUCAAAUUUUUCAUUUUUUGGAUCCAAAGGGUUCCCAUUAAAGGCAUAAACUUGUGCUUUGAAGGGAGAGGAUGUGCUGAAUUAAAAGAGUAUUUUGGGAACAGAAAUGAAAACCUUUGAGUGAUCUUAUUUAUUGCAUGUGUUUUUGAGAUCUUUGUGUUUGAUUCUUGUUUUGGGUGAUAACUUAAAAGGAGGGUUAAAGAUGAUAUCAAGAUCAUAUACCAAUCUCUUAGAUCUAGCGUCUGGUAAUUUCCUUGGUCAACCGAAUGAACACAAGCGGCUGCCGCGGGUGAUGACUGUGGCCGGUGUUAUUUCGGAGCUCGAUGAUGAGCAGGCUAAUAGUGUCACCUCAGAUGUACAGUCCUCGGUUAUUCAAGACAGGAUUAUUAUCGUAGCUAAUCAGCUGCCAGUUAAAGCUAAACGUAGGCCUGAUAAUAAAGGGUGGAGUUUUAGUUGGGAUGACGAUUCGUUGUUAUUACAGUUAAAAGAUGGUUUGCCUGAAGAUUUGGAGGUUUUGUACGUCGGUUCUUUGAACGUUGAUGUUGAUCCCAGCGAACAAGACGACGUAUCACAGCUUUUGUUGGAUAUGUUUAAGUGUGUCCCCGCGUUUCUUCCGCCUGAUAUUUUCACAAAGUUCUAUCAUGGUUUCUGUAAACAACAUUUAUGGCCGCUUUUCCAUUAUAUGCUUCCGUUUUCAGCAAAUCAUGGAUGCAGGUUCGAUAGGACUUUGUGGGAGGCUUACGUUGCUGCAAAUAAGAUUUUUUAUCAAAGGGUGAUCGAGGUUAUUAACCCAGAAGAUGAUUAUGUAUGGAUCCAUGACUAUCAUUUGAUGGUGUUGCCUACAUUCUUAAGGAGAAGGUUUAACAGAUUGAGAAUGGGUUUUUUCCUACAUAGCCCAUUCCCUUCAUCCGAGAUAUAUAGGACUUCGCCCGUGAGGGAAGAGAUCCUGAAGGCUCUCUUGAAUUCAGACCUUAUUGGUUUUCAUACUUUUGACUAUGCUCGACAUUUUCUGUCUUGUUGUAGUCGUAUGCUAGGUUUGGACUAUCAGUCGAAGAGGGGUUAUAUUGGACUGGAGUACUAUGGAAGGACAAUUGGGAUAAAGAUCAUGCCUGUUGGGAUACAUAUGGGGCAGAUUCAGUCUGCAUUGAGACUCACGGAUAAGGAGUGGAGAGUCGAAGAGCUUAAACAACAGUUUGAAGGAAAGACUGUAUUGCUUGGAGUUGAUGAUAUGGAUGUCUUUAAAGGUGUUAACCUGAAGCUGUUGGCAAUGGAGCAGAUGCUGAAACAGCACCCGAAGUGGCAGGGAAGAGCAGUUCUGGUACAGAUCACGAACCCGGCCCGGGGAAAAGGGAAAGAUAUCGAGGAGAUAGAGGUCGAAAUACAGGCAAGCUGCAAGAGAAUCAAUGAGACUUUUGGACAACCUGGCUAUAAACCGAUUGUCUUUAUUGAUAGGCCGGUAUGCAUCAGCGAAAGAGUUGCAUACUACACUGUAGCUGAGUGCGUUGUAGUCACAGCUGUAAGGGAUGGGAUGAAUCUUACUCCUUACGAGUACGUUGUGUGCCGACAAGGAGUCUCUGAAUCCGACUCGUCCUCAGAAUCAAGUGGACCUAAGAAGAGCAUGCUUGUUGUAUCGGAGUUUAUUGGUUGCUCUCCUUCACUUAGUGGUGCAAUUCGGAUAAAUCCGUGGAAUAUUGAAGCAACUGCAGAGGCAAUGAGUGAUGCAAUCUCAAUGGCGGAUGCUGAGAAGCAGUUGCGACAUGAGAAGCAUUAUAGAUACGUUAGCACACACGAUGUAGCGUAUUGGUCUCGAAGCUUCUUCCAGAAUAUGGAAAGGACAUGUAAAGACCAUUUUAGAAGACGUUGUUGGGGAAUUGGUUUGAGCUUCGGAUUCAGAGUUGUAGCCCUUGAUCCUAACUUCAGAAAGUUGUCUAUCGAUCACAUCGUAUCCGUGUAUCUAAGGUCCAAAAAUAGGGCUAUACUAUUGGACUAUGAUGGAACCGUAAUGCCUCAAACUUCACAUAACAAGACCCCAAGUGCAGAAGUUAUCUCAAUCAUAAAUACACUCUCUGGUGAUCCAAAGAAUACAGUCUUUGUUGUAAGUGGAAGAGGAAAAGAUAGAUUAAGCAAAUGGUUUUCUCCAUGUAAGAAGCUAGGAAUUGCAGCUGAACAUGGAUAUUUCAUGAGGUGGUCUGGUAACGAUGAGUGGGAAGUUUGUGGGCAUAACAGUGAAUUUGGGUGGAAAGAAAUGGCCGAGCCUGUUAUGCAAUUGUAUACAGAGGCCACUGAUGGCUCCUCAAUUGAAUCCAAGGAGAGUGCAUUGGUCUGGCACCAUCGCGACGCAGACCUGGGUUUCGGAUCUAGCCAGGCGAAGGAGAUGUUAGACCAUCUCGAGAGUGUAUUAGCAAAUGAACCGGUGGCUGUAAAAGCGGGCCAGUUUAUUGUUGAAGUGAAACCACAGGGUGUCAGUAAAGGUUUGGUGGCUGAAAAGAUCUUCACGUCGAUGUCGGAGAAAGGAAAGCAGGCUGAUUUUGUACUCUGCAUUGGGGAUGACAGAUCCGAUGAGGAGAUGUUUGAGAUCAUCAGUAGCGCAAUUUCCAGUGGUAUCCUGUCGUCGAAAACGAAUGUGUUCGCGUGCACAGUCGGCCAGAAACCUAGCAAAGCCAAGUAUUAUUUGGAUGACCCGGUGGAGGUUUUACUCAUGCUAGAAGGUCUUGCAGAAGCUUCAGACCCUGAACCCGUCACGGAUAGCGAAUCGGAAGGCACCCUGUGAAGUAUCCCCCAUGGCUUUCGUGCAAAAUUUCCGUCGUGUCAGGAAGAAUGCCUUUGCUUGAUGAAAAAGAAUGUCGGCCACUGAAAAAUAUACAAGCGAAGAACUUUUUCACAUGAAAGGGAACUGCUGUGUAGCCAUAUGGAGACGGAGAAUAAGUUUUAUUUGUGCAGUCAUAAAAGAUUGAACUGGAAUACGGUCGGGUAUCAUUAGAAAAAAGAAACAGAAUCAAAUUCUUGGGGUGGUGGUUUCUGCUGGGUAGAAAAGUCAUCCUGUUGAAUGGACGUAUACAAAUUUGACCUUUUUUUCUUGUUUUUUGAGUGUUCUUUUGUUUGCACAUUGAAUCCAUUGCUUCUUCAUUGAAUUCUGUAAAUGUUAUAGAAACAUUGCAUAUUUGAAACUAGUUUUUCCAUGUUUACAUUCAUUUAGAACCCAGGUGUAGGAAU